UUACUUGUUGAAAACACAUGAAGCCGAGUGCAGUGAAGUGCAAAUUUUUUGUAGUUUUAUCAUAGGUUUUAUCAUCAAUUAAUUAAUUCACCGCAGUCAACUGAUUAUUGUGGCCCUUCCUGCCGUUCCAACCUGUUCCAUUUCACUUACGUUCACUUCUCUGUAAGUUUCUGAGAAUAUUGUCAUCGACCUGAUCUUGGCAGCACAUCUCCACAACUUCUGCUUCCCUUAGAAUUUGCACUGAUUGUGAUGCUAAAGUUUCCUUAAUCGGAACCCUUCAUCUCUGCAAAUAUCUUUCACCAAGUAUUCAUUCAGUAAUCAGGUAACACGGAAUCAUUUUGCCACUUGCCAACAUGGGAGACAACAUAGAAACAUCAGAUGAAACUGUACUUGAUGAGGAAGCUCUUUUACAAAAACACCGCAAGGAACGGAAGGAUCUCCAAGCAAAAAUCACAUCAUUGAAAAAAUCAAUCACAAAAGGGGACAAGAAGAAACGGAAGGAUGUCCUUGAGCAAAUUGCCGAGUUGGAAACUGCUUUGAACACUCAACAGGAGGAGGAACUUGCAGCAUUGAAACCCAACAAGAAGGAAGAUUCAACAGUGCAGGUAAUUACAGAAUCAAUAGGAGAUUUGCGAGUUCUUGAAGAGGAGACGGAGGUCCCAAUACCUGUGAGGGUAUCAAAAACACAGAGACGACGUGAGCGGAAAGUGGCUGAAUUUAAAGAACGAGAACGCAUUGCAAAAGCAGAGGAACAGGACCCUGCAAGUUCAGCCAAGUAUAUUGAAACAGAAGCCAUCAAUAAGAUACUCAAGAGCAAAGGACUCAUGAUUAAGGAUGUCCCUUCGGAUGGAGAUUGUAUGUACAGCGCGGUUAAAUACCAGUUAAGCGAGAAAAACCUUCCAGUGAUCUCAGUCUCGGACUUGCGGCAUAGAACCUCUGACCAAAUGCGCAGCAAGUCAAGCGAGUUCUUGCCAUACCUCUGCCAUCCAGACACUGGGCUUGUAUUCAGCCCGGAAGAAUAUGCAGAAUAUUGUGAUAAAGUGGCCAACACGCACGAAUGGGGAACGCAGAUCGAACUGCGGGCUUUGAGCCAUGCUUUAAACUGUGGUAUUGAGGUUGUGCAGGCAACGGGUCCAGCAUUGAUGAUAGGUGAAGAAUAUGUGGAGGAUGGUGGAUACUUGACCAUAACAUUCCACCGCCACAUGUACCAGCUCGGUGCCCAUUACAACUCAGUUACCACUUACCAAGAACCAGAGAAUGAGGACGAUUUUUAAGGGGCUCCUAAGUUUGCGAUGUGAUGGCUGCCUGAAAAUUUUCUUUGCCAGCACUUUUUCUUGUUCUUAUCUCCUUACACAUUUAUGUAUCAUUAAGUAAUGGCUUUUUUUAAGGAACAGACACAAAGAGGAUGAAAAUUCAUAUCAAGUAUUCGGUUUUGCCGAAUUACAAAAGAAGAGUUAUGAAGCUUUUGUUGUCUGUAUUCAGUAAUGUGCCAAAUUCAACUAUCUGUUAAAAAUUUAUUAUGUUUAUUCAGAAUUAUGAAUCAUACAAGAAAGAACAGCGAUUCGCUGCAUUUUUGUGUUGACUAUAUUGCUCGUAACAUCUUGACAAAAGUCUAUGAGAGGGUGCACCUUAAACGAAUAAAUCCAGGUGGUGAUUACUAAAAUUUAGAUGGCAUCCUGCAAAUACAUUUCAACUCGUUCAGAAACCUUAAGUUAUGCUGACUUUCAGCUUCUAUAUGUUGUGGACUUGGGUCCCUUGUGCCGGGAUGAAAGAGACGACCAUUAUUUUUUUGUAACGUUUGCAACUUAUAUAUAUGAGACUUGAUUGACUAUUUUGAGAAGGUGGUCUCUCUCCCAAAAUUAAAAAUCCAUCACCUGAAUUAUUUAGAAUAAUGAGCAGCCCAAGCCUGUAAUACAUGAGAUUAUUUCUGCCUAAUUUUAGGACUCUCAAAUGAUUGAGGCGUCAGGGAUUUUCAAAUUUAGUUUUUAUGAAAUUUGUUAUAUCCCAUGAAUUGUAUGAGAGCCUCUCUAUUUUUUUUUUCAUAGAAUCUGGCCAAUGUAUCUACAUAGCUGUUAUUUCCGAAUGUGGAGACACUACCUCCAGCUUUUUUCAUGCUUCUAAUCUUGACUUUAUUUAUUAAUUAAUGCGAUUGAGCAAUCAAGGUCUAACUUUUAAUAAGAAUAUUGAUAAUAUUAAUAACAAAAUUGAAUCCAAUGAAAACUAAAUAACAAAAUUGCAUGAUAUUAAUGAAAAAUAAAAUUACUGGAAGUCUCUUCCAGUGUGUAAUUUGAAGAAGGAGUGUCCUCAGUGUGAUGUUGUUGUAAAAAUAUUGAACUGUACUUUAACAUUAGUACAAAGAAGAGGCGCAGUUAUGAAUCGAGGGAGAUGUAGUGAUGAAGCCAUUUUAAGCAGUAUCCAUGACUUUCCCUCUCACUGCCAAUUUGAUAUGCCUAAUAUUUCUACUUUAUAUGGCAUUUGUUGUUUUUGUCUAUUAUGAAUAAAUGAGUUUUAAUAUGUAAUUA